AUAAAACUAAUCGCAUAUUAAUACCUGACAUCUAAUUUAUAAUAGGGUUUGAAAUAAAUGUGAUACAAAUAAUUGCUAAACAUUUGUAUUGAAAAAUGAAAACAAUUGCAAUAUGUUUAGUGAUUGUCUGUUUUGUGACCGCAGAGAACGGGAACAAGAAAUGGCCAAAUCAUGACAUUUCUACACUAAAACUGUUGCAAUUAGUUCACAGACACGCAGAUAGAAGUCCGCUAUCGUUUGCACCGAAAGAUCCUUAUAAAGAUAUAACUAAAUACUGGGGACAGGGAUUUGGAGAGUUGACUAAUAAAGGCAAAUAUCGUAUGUAUAAAUGGGGACAAUGGAUCAGAGAGGAAUAUAAUGACUACUUCGGCGAUAAAUACUCGCCCCGAGAGGUAUACGUCAGAAGUUCAUUAACUGAGAGAUGUAUUGAGAGUACAUCCAGUUUAUUAGCCGGUGCUUAUCCACCCAACCAAAAGGCCUGGCAGUGGAAUAUUGGAUCGGAUGCACCACUCGGUAAUGUUUGGCAACCAUUUCCUAUCGAAACUUUUAUGCCACACAGCGCUGACUUAGUUUGCAAUGAGGAAAAACACUGUCCUAUAGUUGAUAAAGAAAGAAGUAAAAUAUAUGAGAGAACUGAAGUCAAACAGUUUGUUGAGAAAAACAAGGAAUUGUAUAGAAAUGUUAGUCAGGCCACGGGUUGGUCCAUAAAAGAUAUCGGUAGUGCUUCCGCAGCUCACGAUGAACUGUAUAUUGAAUACGAUGUCAACUAUGUCUGGAAUAAGACGUGGACUAAGGAUGAAGAAAAACGUUAUAUCAGUCAACUGCUUCAGUCACAUGCUAUGCAGUAUCAGUUGGAUUGGGACAGUCCUAUCAUUAAACGACUCAGAGGUGGUGGUCUCGUCAAAGAAUUGAAUAACAAUUUCCAGAAAGUCAUGGAUAAUAAAAAUAAUAAAAAAUUAUACAUCUAUUCCACUCACGACAGUGUUUUGGGUGCCGUUAUGAACGCACUAAACAUAUGGACCGGCGGACAGAUACCAACAUUUGGUUCAACCAUUUUGUUUGAAUUACAUCAGAAAAACGAUACCAAAGAUUAUUUUGUAAGAGUAUUAUAUCAGAAUCAGACCGGUUUUAAUACAGACCCACCACAUCACCUGCAAUGGGGUGACUGUAAGUCACAAUAUGACUGUCCAUACAAUGACUACAUUGAGUCCACUAAACAUUUACAUUAUAGUGACUUCGAUCAUGAAUGCAAACAAUCAAUAGAUAUUAUUGAAUAAAAAUUAAUUAAUUAGAGAAAUAUUAUUAUA